AUGCCGGCCGAAUUCCGUAACCUGGUGGUGCUGAUCAACGCGGGAGAUCUUCCUUCUUCGAUCACCAGGGCUCUUUCAGGCGCGGACUCUCUCGAAGGCCUCCGCCGCGUCCACGGCCUGGUGACGACUUCCGGCCUCUCCGGAUUCCCGUUCUUCUGCGGGAAGCUCAUCAGCGGGUACGCCGUUUCCGGGAAUGUGGUCGCCUCUCGCCGGAUAUUCGCCAGCUCCCCUCACUCGGAGAACAAUGUCUUUCUCUGGAAUUCGAUCAUCCGAGCCCACGUUCAGAAUGGAAUGUUCGCGGAAGCUCUGGAUUUCUACUGGCGGCUGCGGAAGACGAGGCUGCUCGCCGAUGCCAGGACCUUCCCGCACGUCCUCAACGCGUGCGCUGGUCUGCGAGAUGUCGAGGCGGGCCGCAUGGUUCACCGCCACAUCCUGGAUAUGGGCUUCACUUCCGAUCUCUAUAUUGGGAAUUCUCUGAUAAACAUGUACGCUCGGCUGGGCUACUUGGAGAAGGCACAGGAGUCGUUCGACAGAAUGCCCGACAGAGAUUUGGUCUCGUGGAAUACUCUAAUUUCGGGUUAUAGCGCCAACGACGAAUGGGAGAGAAGCGCGGAGAUCUACGAAGAACUGAGAGUCUCUGGUCUGACUCCAGAUUGCUUCACCGUGGAGAGUAUAUUGCCUGCUUACGGAUCCCUGGGGGCCGUCGAAGAGGGCCAGAUGGUUCAUGGCCUCGUGAAUAAGGUCGGAAUCGAAAAGGAUAGAUUAGUGAACAACGGUUUGAUCGCCAUGUACUGCAAAUUUCAGGAUGUAGAAAACGCUCGAAGAGUUUUCGAUACGAUGGUAGAUAGAGGCGUCGUCUCAUGGAACACCCUGAUCGACGGGCUCUUCCAAUCAGGGGCAUUAGCCGAAGCUUUUGAGAUGUUUCAGGAGAUGCUGAGGACGCUCAGGCCUGAUAUCGUCACAGUCACCAUCGCUCUCCGAGCUUCGUGCCAAAUGAAGGACACCAGACGAGGGAGAUCCAUCCACGGGUACCUGGUGAGAAAUGGGCAUGAAUGCGAUGCCAUCGUGGAUAACAUGCUCAUUCAUCUUUAUUCUAACUGUGGAAACCUGAAAGCUUGCCGCAGGGUCUUUGAUCAGUUGGCGAACCAGGGUCCCGGCUCUUGGAACACCUUGCUCAUCGCUAACUUCCGGAGAGGAUGCUUUGGAGAAGGAAUCCGGCUGUUUGGGUUGAUGAGGAGGUCACUCAUUGAACCGGACUCCGUCACGGUUGUAACCCUAAUAUCCGCCUGCACCCAGCUGGCUGAUCGAGCUCAGGGGAGACUCCUCCAUGGCUACGCGAUUAAGACGGGAUUUGUCAGAAACAAUUUUGUGGGUAAUGCUCUCAUCGACAUGUACUCCAAAUGCGGUGGCUUAGAGGAUGCUUUGAGAGAGUUUGAAGAAAUGGAUAAGCGGGACGUAGUAAGCUGGAACUCAGCCAUAUCUGGCUGUUUCGUCGGAGGCAAUUUCAGCCAAGGUUUAGAGAUUUUCCGCAGAAUGAACGCCGAGGGCGUCCCUCCGGAUACCACCACCAUGCUAACAGUCUUGCCCGCUUGCUCCUUCUUGGCCGCAAAGAGACUCGGGAAGAGCGUUCACAGUUCCAUCUUGAGGACUACCACGGAGCUCGACCUUCCGGUGGGGAAUGCACUGAUAGAAAUGUACUCCAAAUGUGGCAGCUUGGGUCACUCGGUCAGAGUCUUCGACAGCAUGAGAACUAAGGAUGUGGUCACAUGGACAGCCCUGGUUUCCGCCUACGGCAUGCAUGGCCUCGGCAAGCAGGCCCUGAAAGCUUUCAUGGAUAUGGAAGUGGCAGGAAUCCCACCGGAUCACGUCACCUUCGUGGCUGUUAUAUACGCAUGCAGCCACUCUGGCCUUGUUGAAGAAGGGUUUUCUCUCUUCAACAGGAUGGAAAAGGAUUACAAGACCACCCCCAAGAUCGAGCACUACGCAUGCGCCGUAGAUCUUCUAUCUCGAUCUGGGAAGCUGCCGGAAGCCGAGAGCUUCAUUCUUGGCAUGCCUCUAGAGCCGGAUGUGGGUAUCUGGGGUGCUUUGCUCAGUUCAUGCAGAAAUAAUAAUGAAACCAAGAUCGCCGAGCGUGCUGCUAAAAGGAUUAUGGGAUUAAGAUCCGAUAACACGGGUUACUAUGUCCUAGUUUCUAAUCUGUAUGCAUCUGCUGGUAAAUGGAAUCUGGUGGGGGACAUAAGGGGCUCUAUCAAGUCGAGAGGUCUGAGGAAGGACCCAGGUUACAGCUGGAUAGAAGUCGGGAGGAGGAUGCGUCUUUGGCGCUGGUGA